AGAAAUCAAAUUUGGAACCGACACAAAUUGUCAUAUUAAACCAGAUUUUAUAACGGCCGCUUUGCUAGCUGUCAAAAAUGACAGCUCCAAAAACUUCAAAAUUUCGAGAAAAACUUAACGCAACGCUGGAGAGUAGAAUCAAACGACUGGAAUGUGCCAUCGAGCUGUACGAGAGUGGCUGGUGCUGCUGACCAUGGAGAAGUACAUAGAAAGGUUUCUGGACCGGGGCUACGACAGUAUUGCCCACUGUAAGCUGAUCUUGGGCAGCGACCUAAUUAUGCUGGGAGUGGAUGACGCUUCACACCGGAAACUAUUGCUGGACGGAGUUCAGUUCCUGAACAACGCGCCCGAACAAUUCAUCUGCGUGGAGCCAUGUGAGCUGCAUCACCAUUUCGAGACUGAUCCGGAAGUCGCUUCUGUCAUUUCCGAAUGCUUUAAAAGUUUUAGUUUUGCGAUGGCAUUGGAGGAUAAGUCCGUUAAAAGGGCUUUAAGCCAAGCAUUCAACAAGUUAAAUCUUGGAGAACUAGUUGAAUCAGAUGACUCGACAGCCGAGAAAGGAGAAACUUUGGCUGAUGAAGAAGAUUCAACCGCAGCAGUUCUGUCGUCCCUCGAAUAAUAUCCUUCAAACAACCCUAAUCAAAAAAUGAAAAGCUUUAAAAUUUAUGUUAACCAAAUAAUAUUUUAGAGCGCUGAUUAAUAACUUCUUAAACCAAAAAUUUAUGUUUGAGCUUUAAUAAUAAACA